UUUAGGGUUUUAGGAAUUUGGGGGAAACUAUGGCGGGGCGCCGGAAGCGCAGUAAGUCGCCGGAGAAGAGGAGGAAGCGAUUCAAGUUUAAAUCCUUCGCCGAGCGCAUCGAGGACAUUGAUAUCGAUGUUUUCCACUGUCUAGACGCUGUGAAGGCCCAGCCUACAGCGGAAGGAGCGUCUUUUUUCUACGAGAGCUUGAUCCAGUGGCGGGAAUUGAAUGCUGCUGCCGAUUUUAUUGAGCUCUAUGGGGAGUUGCUGCCUUUGGUGCAAACUUUACCGCAGCUACUCCUUCACAAGGCCACCGUGAUCAAUCGUCUUGUCUCGUCCUUGAAAGCGUCAUCGCUUUCAUUGGAGCCAGUUUUCAGCCUCUUAGCAGUUCUCUCGAGAGAUUUGUCUGAAGAUUUUUUGCAAUACAUUCCAGAAAUCUUUGAUGGAUAUUAUAAGCUUCUUCAAUCGGGUGGGGAUAGGGAUCCUGUCACGUUGCAGGGUUUUACUUUAGUGGCAUAUAUUUUUAAGUACAUGUCCAAGUACUUAUCGAAGGAUUUGGCUUUUGUUCUAAAAGUAACGAGGUGUUUUCGUCUUUAUCACCAAAAUUAUGUUCGCGUUUUUGCGGCAGAGGCUGUCUCGUUCGUUUUCAGGGUUGCUCCUCUAACCCAAGUUAUAAAAGGUGUUCGACGGCUUAUCUCGGAAACGGAGAAAGAUCCUACCGACGAAAAGACUUUUGGCUGCAGUGCGUUGCUAACUUGCACGCUAAAGGGGCCGUCUUCUGGCUUCCAUUCUCGCGCUGAAGAGCUGUUAAAGCUCCUUUUCAGUCCAGCAGUAAUAUGUGGAGUUCGCGAAGGGUCGAAAGGUGACAUCGUUCUAGAAAUAUUGAAGAAAACUUUGACUGACCUUUGCGAAGAAAUUGAUCCCAAUAAGCUGGAGCUGCUAUGGUCCUGCUUACUAGAUGAAAUACUUUCGCUUCUCCUUUUACUUGAGAAGGAAUCUAACUGGCCAGACAGGUCAGACGCUAGAAUGGAACAACUUUUCUUGGUUCUUAACCACGUCUCUGAGUAUAAAAAGGGAAGGUAUAUGAAUGGUCAGUGGCUGUUUAACUCUGUUGGUCCAAGGCUGCUAGACCUUGUUCCAAAGUUGACAGGAGAGGCACACGAGGGCUUGCUAUCUCAAGCCCUUGCAGUUCUUCUUAAUGCAAUCGUGAAGAAGGCAGAUGAAAACAUAAAGCCAGAUGUAGCUGCUGUUGCAUGGACCUCAGCAUUUGAAAGCGCAUCAGCUAAGAGCCUAUUGCCUUUCAUUAAAGGACUGCUUGAGCAAGAUGUUGGGACCGUAAAAUAUUUUGAGCACUUAAUUUUAAGAGUGCUUGAAAAACAUGUUGAGGCUCAUCAAGCGUGCGUUUUGCCAUUGCUGUUAAGUUUUAUUCAACACUGGGAAUUUCCAUCCAUCAAAAGCGAGAAACUUUCCGCCGCUGUCACUGGCCUUGUCGACUCUUCUUUGGAGAAAUUUACGAGUCAUCAUCAAACGUCAGAAGAGGCUGCUCUGGUCUUGACAGCUUUACGGUGUUUCCCAUACUUGGCCACCAGUAGUAAGCCGGAGUCCUUUUGCCUGGAUUUUGCAACCGCUAUUGAUCAGGCUGUAAAAGAAAAUGAGAAGCCGGACGCUGGUACCUGGAAGGAAUUGCUAGGAGCCGCUUUAUUAUCUUAUCUGAAAGUUUUGGAAGCGCAGAAGAAACUCACUGUAGAAGUGUUUCUUUCCUUCUUAAAUUUCGGUUUGAAAUACCUCGGAUAUCCUGACGUUCUGGAAGCUGUAUCCAAGUGCGGGUUAGGACUUCGAAGGUUGGGGACGGACGUAGUCAAAGCCUCCGUGGAACUCAAUCAUCAGGCUUUUCUGAAAACUUGUAAAUUAUUGGAGAAAAACCUUUGGAACCCGAGUAAGAGGAUAAGGAUGGCAACCUUGGAGAUUCUAAGCGUGUUCGAACAGUCACGUGAGAGUGCUCAGCUCCUUGACGACUUGCUAGCAAUAGAAGCCACACCACUGGAUAUUGAGCACUCUCGUCGCCUUUCUUCCCUCAUCUUGCAAGUUAAAUUGAGCUUGGUUGGAAAGCCCGUUGAACUUGUUCGUUUGGCUUUUCAUGCUGUGAUAGGAGUAUUGCACAAUCGGUUUACACCAUUGUGGGAGCCUGUCAUUAGCUGUGUGGCUGAAAUUAUGGAGGCAAGGGGUGACAAUGUUCGGGGUGAUUUUACGUCGUACAUUUCCGCGAUACAAAAUCAGUGUUUGCAAGACUCCAACGAACCAUCUAAUGUACCGGAGUCUCAGAUGCCAUCGAAUUUGGUGGGUUUGCUUUUGCGGAUUGCGCAAAGAACGUCGUCAAAUUUCGUAUCAGUAUCCAACGAGAUGAUUUCUCUUUUUCUUGUGUUUUUAAAUCACAAGAAUGGAGAGGAGAGUCAUUCUCUGAGCAAGAAUGACUGGAAGACUAUAUUGAAAGAGUGGCUGCAGCUUCUUGUUCAACUGAAGAACUUCACAGAUCUUUCAAAUGGUGUGCUUCUGAAGCAAAUAUUGGAGGAGAGGUUUCUGGUUUUCAAUGAUGCUGAUAUUCAAAAGAAAACUUUAGACUGCUUAUUGAAGUGGAAGGGCUCGUGCUUGACUACAUAUAAAGACCAUUUGUAUAAACUUAUGUCUGUGGACACCAUACGCGAUGAACUUGGAUCUUGGAGCAUUUCAAAAGAAGAUCAUCAGGUGGCGAAUGAGGACAGAACAGAAUUGAUGCCUGUCCUGGUUAGAAUUCUCUAUCCUAAGCUGUCCAAACGAAAUGCUAAGCUGGGAAAGUCAGCAAGUCAUAUGCGUUCUAGCAUACUCACCUUCUUAUCCUGCCUUGAAGUUAAGGAGCUGGAGACUUUCUUUUCGCUAAUUACUCGUCCACUAGAAGCGGCCUCUUCAAACGUGUUGGCGGUCGACCAAAAUGAAAUCAAAAGUCCGAUUGACUUGGUGGACAAGAAGGGGGUUGCAGGGUUGCCACACAAAACAAAGGUCGGCUUUCUGCAUUUGGUGAAAGACAUAUUACAAGUUUUCGACGGAGAACGCAUCGAACCAUAUCUUCCUGCACUGAUGGGGAUUGUUUUUCGGCUUUUGGAAGCCGCCUCUCUCAGCACGGCGGAGGAAGAUAUCUCUGCCGAUGAGAAACCGGUCUCUUCGGGCAAAGAUUUGAGAACCCUUUGUCUCAAGGUCGUUUCUCUGCUGCUCAACAACUUUAGCAACGUCAGCCUUGAGCCCAAGUAUUGGAAGCUGUUCUUUCAAGCAACUGAACGCUCAAUCGCUUUAUUGAAGGACGAAAAUACUGGAGAUAAGCCAACAGCAUUAUUAUCGUGCUUUUUAGCAAUGAGUACGAAUGAGGAUUACGCUUCUCUUUUGAUGACGAACAAGUUGGUGGUGCCUAAUAUCUUUUCCAUUCUGCUCGUGAAAAACUUAUCGUCACCAGUACACAUGGCUGUUCUGAGCUUUAUUCAAAACUUACUCGGGAGGAAAGGGAAAACAGUGGAACUUAGUGUCUUACCUCAUCUGACAGUGUUAUUGCAAGGCCUUACACAGCAACUAGUCAAACAAUCUACGAGCAAGGAUUGGAAAGCAAAACACUUGAAGGAGCAGCUGCAGAUCAUAUUCAGUGUAAGCCCGUACAUAAAUGAUCCUCUACGGGCCUCCGAGUUUCUGGAUACAUUGUUACCAUUUCUGAAAACAAAGAAGCCUGAUCCAGAAGUAAGGCUUGAAGUGCUGAAGAUUGUCAGAGAGUUAGCGCAUCUUUUCGACCAUUCUUGCGCCUCAAAAUGUGUUGAGGCAUUGACACCUUUACUGUCAUCAGUCGCCUGUAAAACGUCCCGGAUUAUUUUAUGUGAAUGCCUUGAGAAACUUGCGGCAGGAGAGCCUUCUUUCGCUUUGAUGGCUGAAAUAUUGGUGGACCUGAACUCUAUGUCAACUAGCAGACUUGAUGAAUGCGAUUAUGAACGCAGACAAGCGGGCUAUGGGAAAUUGAACAGGGAAUUUUUGUCUCAAGUCGAUUCUCGCCAAGCCUUGCUACUUCUGUCCCACCUUGUUUUCGAUUUGGAAUCAGAAGAUAUGCGGUACAACGCAUCGAGCUGCCUGGUUAUGUUUGUGAAGGCUACUGGGGAAGGAAUCUUCAAAGACACCAUCGGUCACGUUGUUCACGAGUUUCUUUUCUCCCGCAUUACAGAAUCGAUCAAGUCGGAAAAUGCGGCGACACGACGGGAAUGGCUGAUUGUAUUUCGAGAGCUAGUAAUCCUCCCAGAAGUUCCAACGUUUUCCGAGUAUCGGUGCUUGUGUAGUUCCGAUGUGGAAGGGGACUUCUUCAGCAAUAUUAUUCAUAUUCAGCUUCAUAGACGGAUUAAGGCUAUGGCAAAGUUUAGAGCCGGUUGUACUUAUUCCCAGUUUUCCCAACGGUCGUUAAGUAAAAUAUUUGCGCCGUUAUUUUCGCACUUCCUAUUCGAAAGCAAGGAUGAAGGCCUUGUAGCUGCAACUCUCGAGACCUUGGGAUGUAUUGCUACACAGUUGCAAUGGUCUCAAGCUGUCAACCUUGUGACCGACUCCUUUCGCCUUCUCAGGACGAAAAACGAGCACCAAAAGGUCUUGGUGCGGCUGAUAUGUUUGCUGUUAGAGCGGACACAAUUUUCUCAAAUCGGGGACGAAGAAAGCAAGUUUUUGGAGGAUAAAGUCCUUCCCCAGCUCUCGAAGCUCAUGCUUACUAACGAGUCGGUGAACGUUCCUGUGAGUGUCGUGGCCAUCAAAGUACUCAAGCUGCUGCCCGAGCAAGCAAUUAGAAAACAUCUUCCUCAGCUUUUCCAGACUAUAACAAAUUUUUUAAAGAGCAGGAGUCAGGAAAUUCGCGACGCAGCCAGAUCUUCUAUUGUCGGCAUGGUUGAAGUACUGGGAGCCAAGUACCUCCAAUUUACAGUGAAAAUGCUCCACUCUUCUUUGAAACGCGGCUAUGAGAAGCACGUCCUGGGAUACACCUUAAACACCAUCCUGAUCAGACUUAUUCCGACGCUUCGGGUGGGGGACAUCGAUUACUGCUUGGAAGACAUGCUGAAAAUUCUGGAGGAAGAGGUUUUUGGCGAGGUGGCCGCAGAGAAGGAGGUGGAAGCUCUAGCAAGAAAAAUGAAGGAAAGGAAGCAGGCACGCUCGUAUGACAGCUUCCGGCUUAUAGCUCAGGUGAUGACAUUCGACGCUCACAUCCAUCGGCUUCUACAAUCUAUCAGAGAAAAAACCAGCUCUUCUCUCAAGGUUCUUGCGAAGGUUCAGUUGGUUCUUAAGAAUGUCACAGCAGGGAUUCAGGAAAACUCGUCGGCUACUGAUCGACAGAUUUUAGUCUUUGUACGCGAGCUUGUAGAGGAGUUGUUUAGGCCGAAGCCUGACGUGACUACGACCGGUGACGAUGGCAACUCUUUGCAUAUACUCGCUGAGUUCGCGUUAAACUUAUUGCACGACCGGUUAAGGCGCAUCCAGCCAACGCCAGAGGAAGUGUCUACGCUCGAUUCUUUUGUUCCGCUACUCGCGAAGUGCCUAUCCGUGAAGUACACCGGCGUCAUAUCCGAGUCUAUGAGAUGCUUGAGCAUUCUGCUAAAGCUGCCGCUAUCAACUAUCACUUCGGCUGGAGGAGCGAUCGUAAGCUCAGUUUUUUCACUCGCUGGCAGUUCCUCGACUACUGACAACCCGCUCAUGCAAGCCUGCAUGAAGCUUUUAUCUGUUAUCUUACGGCACUGCAAGAGCGUAACCUUGUCGAAGGCUCAAGUACACGAUCUUCUGCGUUUGAACAUCUUCGUGGAGAUUGAGAAACAGAGUGCCCAGUGUUUAUCGUUACUGAAGGCAGUGGUCGCAAGGAAGCUUGUAGUACCCGAGAUUUAUGACUUGAUGACAAGAGUUCAGAAGCUGAUGAUUACCAGUCAGUAUCCGUCCACUCGACAGCGGUGCAGUGAGAUUCUCCUACAGUUCUUGCUCGACUAUCCACUCGCUGCGAAGCGCUUACAACGUCAUAUUGAUUUUUUGCUGGGAAAUCUCGGGUAUGAACAUGUCACUGGUAGGGAAGCAGCACUCGAGAUGCUACAUACAAUCAUCGUGAAGUUUCCUGACCCAGUUUUGAUGGAGCAAGCUGAAAGCUUUUUCCUGACGCUGAUCACCAGGCUAGCCAAUGACAAAGACGACAACGUUCAGGUUCUAUUGCAGACAGUUUUAAGAAUCCUCAUGGAACGCGUAGGAGCGCAAAUGCUCGAGCAAAUGAAAGGAUACUUGCUGUCUUGGAUGAAAAGUGAAAAACAAGGCCUUUGGUUGCCGGCUACACAGGCCACCGGGAUACUUGUGGAUGUUAUGGGCAAGAAUUUUGAACGUCACUUAAACGAUUUCUGGCCUGCGAUUAUAACGAUAUUGGAGCAGUCGGCGGAGGCUCAUUGGAAAGAAAGCUUUCACAUACUACUAUUGAUUGAGAAAGUAUUCCAACGAUUUCCCAGUCGUUUAUCACAGGAAACAUGGACAACAAUCCAAGAUUUCUUACUGCACGGACAUGUCUCAGUGCGAACCGUGUCCGCACGAUUAUUUGGUUCUUAUUUCGAAAACGAUGACGCCUCCUUGCUCAACGAUUUGAGAUGGCUGUUUCUUUUUGGGGCCAUAUGCUGUGAGCAAAUGGCGUCGGAUGUCUUCGACGAAGAGCUAGGUGGUCAUGUUGUGAAGAACUUGACAACAGUGGCUGCGUCCUUAAGCGUCCCCUCCCUGAAGCUGGAUGACAUGCAGGACGAAAGAGUGACCAAGGCAUUGACAAUGUUAAGACAGAAAUCGGGAACGAUGGACCAGCUCAGUAAGACACUGACCAAAAACGAUCCUCUUACUCUCUUUCUUCGGAGGCUUGAGAGAGUUUCUUUCGAGGGCUCACAGGCGAAGUGUGUGUUAACGUGGUACACAUCUUUAGUGAGUCGACUUGGAAGAGAAGCGUCAGCCGCUUAUUUGCCAAAUAUACUUAGUCCCUUGCUGAAAGUGGAACGUUCGACUGCUCCAGCGGACCUGAGAGCAUUCGCCGAGGGAGUUCGGGAGGAGAUUCGGGAGCUUGUAGGACCCGAGAGUUUUGCGACGGCCUACAAUCAAGUCUCUCUUGACGUAAUGCAACGCAAGGAUAACCGCAAGCGUGCAAAAUCCAUCGCGGCAUUGGUAGACCCCGAGAAAACCGCCAGGAAAAAGAUCAAGCUGGGCCAGAAGAGAGGCGCACAGAAGAAGAGGAAACGCAUCGACUACAGAAAGACGUGAAUUGGAAGAAGUUAAGCGUCAUAUCAGGUGGAUGGAUGAUCCUUCCAAGCAAGAAAGUUACGCAACGAUUACGAUGGUCGCGAGUUACAUCACUCACUCGAGAUCGUUUCAAGAGAGAAGUCAACAAGAUUGUCUCGCGGGAAUGUAAGUUAUGCGAUGCCACUAUCUAUGGAAAGUACCAGUACUGAAGAACAAAAACGGGCUCAACGGCAUCAUCUAUAUCGCAUGGACAACGACUGACUCCUGUGAUGGCUCGAGCAAGAAAAAGUCUUUAUAGACUUUGAAGGCUCCAGGUAACGGACCCUUCGCUCGCUCGCUCGCGAGUGAGUGAGUUGUAAAUCUCAAUCACGUCACAGGUUUAGAUCGAUCGAUCGAUGGAGCGAGCGAUCGAGCAAAGCAAAAGCAAAGCCAAAAAGUAUGAGAGAAAUAAAUGGACAACACCAAAUGAUGGUGAUGGUAGGCUUGUUUUUGUGCCACCCACACAUUGACGUAGAAAAUAGCUAGCAACUUCACACCCUCUUCUUGAAAAAAACUGACCACCAAAAGAAAUAUAGACACAAAAGUAGAAAAACUUGCAUGACAUUUACCCAGGCCCAACCAUGUGAAUGCCAAUCAUGCAAACCACAUGAAAAUAUAUUAUCCGCAUAUCC